UUUGAUUGUCAUUUAAUUGUCAAACAAUGAGCAGAGCUUUUAUUUUGGUUGGAAAAUAAACAAUUUAUAAGAUAGCAUAGUAUUACAAAAAUACAUAGCACGAAAUAUAGUCAUGUCGGUGCCACCGCAAGCAUUUGUCAAUAAAAACAAGAAGCACUUCCUUGGAAUUCCAGCACCACUAGGUUAUGUUGCUGGUGUUGGAAGAGGAGCCACUGGAUUCACUACCCGAUCUGAUAUUGGUCCAGCCAGAGAUGCAAAUGAUGUAUCUGAUGACCGUCAUGCACCACCUGCAGCUAAACGCAAAAAGAAUGAAGAGGAAGAUGAUGAUGAAGACUUGAAUGACUCCAAUUAUGAUGAAUUUUCAGGCUACAGUGGCUCAUUAUUUUCCAAGGAUCCAUAUGACAAAGAUGAUGCUGAAGCAGAUGCUAUUUAUGAGUCAAUUGAUAAGAGAAUGGAUGAAAAGAGGAAGGAAUAUAGAGAAAAACGCCUCAAAGAAGACUUGGAGAGAUAUCGUCAGGAGAGGCCAAAAAUACAACAGCAGUUCUCAGAUUUAAAGCGUGAACUUAAAAUGGUAUCUGAAGACGAAUGGGCUGCAAUACCCGAAGUCGGUGACGCUCGAAACAGGAAGCAGCGUAACCCUAGAGCAGAGAAAUUCACUCCGUUGCCUGACAGUGUGCUGUCGAGGAAUCUAGGCGGAGAGUCCACAUCUACUAUUGACCCUAGCUCUGGCCUAGCUUCUAUGAUGCCUGGGGUUAUGACACCUGGGAUGCUUACUCCAUCAGGUGAUCUGGAUUUAAGAAAAAUUGGUCAAGCAAGGAAUACCCUUAUGACUGUCAAACUGUCCCAAGUAUCUGACUCUGUGACAGGUCAAACAGUAGUAGAUCCAAAGGGUUAUCUGACCGACUUGCAGUCAAUGAUCCCCACAUAUGGAGGUGACAUCAAUGAUAUAAAGAAGGCAAGGCUGCUUCUUAAAUCAGUGAGGGAAACCAAUCCUAACCAUCCACCUGCUUGGAUUGCUAGCGCCAGGCUGGAAGAAGUGACUGGUAAAAUCCAAUCAGCCCGUAACCUAAUAAUGAAAGGUUGUGAAGUGAAUCCUAGCAGUGAAGAGUUGUGGUUAGAAGCAGCGCGGUUGCAGCCGCCCGAUACUGCGCGAGCCGUCAUAGCGCACGCGGCCAGGAACCUGCCGCACAGUGUGAGGGUGUGGGUGAAGGCUGCUGACUUGGAACAGGAGACCAAGGCAAAACGUCGAGUUUACCGCAAGGCAUUGGAACACAUACCCAACUCCGUACGUCUCUGGAAAGCAGCGGUCGAACUGGAAAAUCCUGAGGACGCGCGCAUAUUGCUCUCCCGAGCGGUCGAAUGUUGUCCCACUAGCGUAGAACUCUGGCUGGCCUUAGCCCGACUGGAGACAUACGAAAAUGCAAGGAAAGUGCUCAACAAGGCCCGUGAAAAUAUACCGACUGAUAGGCAGAUUUGGGUAACUGCUGCUAAACUUGAAGAAGCGCAUGGAAACACGCACAUGGUAGAAAAGAUCAUAGAUCGCGCGAUCACGUCUCUAAGCGCUAACGGUGUUGAAAUCAAUCGCGAGCAUUGGUUCAAAGAGGCCAUGGAGGCGGAGAAAUCUGGGGCGGUGCAUACUUGCCAGGCCAUAAUUCGCGCUGUAAUAGGUACGGGCAUUGAGCCGGAGGACCAGAAACACACUUGGAUGGAAGAUGCUGAAGCAUGCGCAAAUGAAGGCGCAUACGAGUGCGCGCGCGCAGUGUACGGCUACGCGCUGUCCGUAUUUCCCUCCAAGAAGUCCAUCUGGCUCCGAGCGGCGUACUUGGAGAAACAGCACGGCACCAGAGCCAGUCUCGAGGCGCUGCUGCAGAGGGCAGUGGCGCAUUGCCCAAAGAGCGAGGUGCUGUGGCUCAUGGGCGCCAAGUCCAAGUGGCUGGCAGGUGACGUACCAGCCGCACGAGGGAUCCUAUCCCUAGCUUUUCAAGCGAACCCUAACUCGGAAGAGAUCUGGUUGGCCGCUGUUAAGCUUGAGAGCGAGAACAAAGAAUAUGACAGAGCAAGACGUUUGUUGGCGAAAGCCCGGGCCUCUGCUCCUACACCACGGGUAAUGAUAAAGUCAGCUAAGCUAGAAUGGGCGCUAAACAACUGUGACGUGGCACUCAAGCUAUUAGAGGAGGCUAUUAAAGUAUUCAGCGACUACGCCAAACUCUACAUGAUGAAGGGAGAAAUCGAAGAGCAGAUGGGGAGAGACGAUGACGCACAUAACACUUAUUCCCAGGGUCUUAAAAAAUGUGCGACUUGCGUACCAAUGUGGAUUUUGUUAUCAAGAUUAGAAGAAAAAUUGAAACACGUAACCAAAGCGAGAUCAGUACUGGAAAAGGCAAGGCUUAGAAAUCCUAAAAAUCCUGAGCUGUGGUUAGAAAGCGUACGGCUAGAAAGACGUGCUGGUUGCGCAGAAGUCGCGGGCGGUUUGUUGGCAAAGGCGUUACAGGAGUGUCCGACGGCCGGCCGCCUGUGGGCAGAAGCCAUCUUUAUGGAGGCGCGCCCGCAACGGAAAACUAAAAGCGUGGAUGCACUUAAGAAAUGUGAACAUGACGCCCACGUCCUGCUCGCCGUGUCGCAGUUGUUCUGGACGGAGAGGAAACUGAACAAAUGCCGGGAGUGGUUCAAUAGAACGGUAAAAAUCGACCCGGACCUCGGCGACGCGUGGGCAUACUUCUACAAGUUCGAACUGUUACACGGCAACGAGCAGCAACAAGAAGACGUCAAGACUCGGUGUAAGACGGCUGAACCACACCACGGGGAGAACUGGUGUAAAGUAUCCAAAGAGAUCGCCAACUGGUGCUUCAGUACUGAGCAGAUACUGCUGUUGGUCGCGAAGAACCUGCCUGUUCCCACGUAAUUGUGAAAGUCAGUGAACUUUUCAGUUUUUAUAUCCUUCAGAAAACUCAUAUAAAACAUAAUGUUUUAAUCCAAUUAUUAAAAAAAGUUGCGUUUAUCUGGUGUGGAUACGCGAAAGAAGUGAAACUUCUAUAGUUCGAGUGAGUUGAAGUUACAUGGCAACAAGCAGCAACAAAAGGAUGUCAAGACUCAAUGUAAGAUGGCUGAACCACACAAUGGGGAGAACUGGUGUAAAGUAUCCAAAGAGAUUGCCAACUGGUGCUUCAGUACUGAGCAGAUACUGCUGCAGUUGGUCGCGAAGAAUCUGCCUGUUCCCACGUAAUUGUGAAAGUCAUUAAACACGUGUGUAAAUAGUUAUUCACUAAUUCGUGACUUGUUUUGUACCGUUCCUGCGCAUUUACAAAAUUGCUGCGUACAAUGUUACAGCUCACUACAUAUCUAUAGGUAGUCUUUUCUCACUACUCACUUUUAGUAAGUACGUAAAAUAGUAGUCAUAACAAUAAAUAAUUUAUUGAGAGAAAGAAAUAGAUUUACCGAAUAUUAGAAUAAAGUUUAUCAAAAAUAAUAGUUACAGUUGUAGAAAAAGAAUUUGAUUUAGAUACCUACUGUUGUAGGUAUAUUAGUAGAGUAUUUUUCAAGACUCGGUAUAAUUUUUAUGUAAAAUUGUGAACUAUUUAUAGAUUUAAACUAUUGAUAAGCUUAUAAAAUAAAUUAAGUUUUUAAAAG